AUUAACAAAACCUCUAUCAGAACCGGCGCCGAUUGAGAAGAGAGAAACGGGAAGAUGCAGAUCUUCGUGAAAACCCUAACGGGUAAGACCAUUACUCUCGAGGUUGAGAGCAGUGACACCAUCGACAACGUGAAAGCUAAGAUUCAAGACAAGGAAGGUAUUCCACCGGAUCAGCAGMGAUUGAUCUUUGCCGGCAAGCAGCUUGAAGAUGGCCGAACUCUCGCUGAUUAUAACAUCCAGAAAGAAUCAACUCUCCAUCUGGUUUUGAGGCUAAGAGGAGGAAUCAUUGAGCCCUCUUUGAUGGCAUUGGCAAGGAAAUACAAUCAAGACAAGACCAUUUGCCGCAAGUGCUAUGCUCGUUUGCACCCGAGGGCUGUAAACUGCCGAAAGAAGAAGUGUGGCCACAGCAAUCAGCUGAGGCCAAAGAAGAAGAUCAAGUGAAGGUCUUACGAGUGUUUUAUGUGUUGGAUCGGAACUAUUUAUGUCUUUUCUAGUUGUUUCGUUGCUGGUUUCUUAUCUAAUAUGAAUUGAUUGAAUUUUUGCUGUGUUAAAAUGAUGUUAUUACAUUAGAUAUUCUGGAAAUGCUGGUUGCUUUUGCUUGCAAA